UUGAAAAGCGCACGCCGUGAGCGACAGACACGCCGCACCUCAUCCGCUCGAGUCCGCUCCGUUCCGCUCUGUACCGCUCCGACUCCAUUCGAUUCGAUUCGAUUCGACUCGUUUCGCUUCGAUCCGAUCCGUAGCCCCGCCCGUGUGGAGCACGUCCGCCGGAAGGAUGCACAGAUCUUAGCCGGGAGUUCUAACCGUUGCUAAAAAGCCAAGGAGGCGGCCUCAGUAGGUCAGUUAGCAAGGAGUUAACCCCUUGGUGAACGCGAUUUCAGUGUGUGUGUGCAGGGAAAGUGGCGAAAGGCGAACGGCAAAUGGCAGUACGUGCCGCCGUCAGAAUUUUCCGAGUGCGCCGGGUAACGUGAGACGGGAAAUCCUGAAAAAGAAACACAACAACCUGAAAUCCAUUUGCCGCAAGUCGAGGAACCCAGGCGACAACAACAUGUGUAAACGCUAACGAGCGCGAAAACGCGAACAUUUUGAUUGAUUUUGAUUGACAUGCCACUCAGCGCAUGCCACCCACCAAGGAAAAGUGACACAAAAUAGCAGAAGGGGAGGAAAGAAGGCAAACAACAAACAACAUUCUCGAAGAACACUACUAGCCAUUGCAUCGAAAAACCCCAUAAAUAUUCUCUGAAAAACCAAACAAAUAUUGAAAAGUUUCAAGCACUCUCGGUUCUAAAAAAUAAUUGCCUCAAGGGCUGUCAGCGAAAGUGCCAGUAAACAAAAAAUACAACAAAAUAUAUACAUAUAUAUAUAUCCCACUCAGGCCCAGAAACAAAAUGCAAUCAAAUCAAGGCCCAUAAAAACCGCACAACACACGCUGGCAUAAAGGAAAAACCCAGCCGAAAAAAUCAUAAUCAACUACAACAAAAUAACACAAAAAAAUAAGUAAAUAAGUAUAAAAAAAACGCUGAGUUGGGCAACUGUUUUUUUGGCAUCUCAGUUUGAUAUCCUACUCCCUGUGUCAGUGUAGUGGUGUCUCUUAUAUGUAUUUGUGUGCCUGCGUAUGAAAAAAGGAUAAAAUAUGCCGGCAUUGAUUUUCUCGUGCGACAAAAACAACAGCUAAACGGCAGCCAGGAAAACAGCAACAACAACACUAACAACAACAGCAGCAAGCUACAUAAUAAGAAUCGAGGAAAAGUUGCAGGAAUCGAGGGCAAAGUUUUUCGGACAUUUUCGGUUACUUUUGGAGCACUAAGCCGCGGAUGAUUAAAACGAUAAAAAGUUCCGCCAACUACUUUGGAAGGUCUUGAAAGAAUCAGCAUUUAACGAGACACGAAACAACUUCGGGAAGAACACGCGGCAAAUGCAUUACAUUAUAAUUUCAUUAAGGACAAAAGCCUUUCUCUGCCGGCAGUGAAACAAAGUGAAAGGGAGAUAAGAGGAAGAGGGAGAGCGGAGAAAGGCGUGCGGAGAAAGUCAGAGAGGCAAAAAAAACCGCAAAAGGCGACAAUAGUCCCCGAGCCCAUUCCCCAUUCCCCAUUGCCUACUUCUUGCGGCUGUCGAGUAAAAGAAUCAAGGGCCUGGCAUUUUUAUGAAAUUAAUACAAAGGCCGCUGAAGGAGUAGCAGUGGAAGUGGUCGAGGAAGUGGAAGCGGAAGUGGCAGCCAUGACAAGAGCCCCGGCGACAGGACAAUGAGGGGCGGGACUGCGACAGCGAUUCAAGUGGCAGGAGCGCUGCUUUUAUGGCCCGACACCGCUCGAGUAGACGUGACAGCCUCCGAUCGGCUAAUAAUAUUUAUCCGCGGCGCAUAAUCUGACAUGCCAACGUGAGCCAGCUGGCCAAGAAGCCAACUAGAGAGGAAGCAAGAAAAGCCAACAAAACAGAGGGAAAUCUUAGAGGAAAACAAACCAGAGAAGAUGAUGAUCUUGAUACUGCUCCUGGCGUUCCUGGGGAUUUUAUCAUCCACUUUGGGAUGCCCACCGGAGGUGUGUGUGUGCAAAUGGAAGGGUGGCAAGCAGACGGUGGAGUGCGGUGGCCAGCAGCUCGCCAAUCUGCCGGAGGGCAUGGACCCCGGCACCCAGGUGCUCAACUUCAGCGGGAACAGCUUGCAGGUGCUGCAAUCGGAGCGGUUCCUGCGGAUGGAUCUGCUCAACCUGCAGAAGAUCUACCUGUCGCGCAACCAGCUGAUCCGCAUCCACGAGAAGGCCUUCCGCGGGCUCACCAACCUCGUGGAGCUCGAUCUCAGCGAGAAUGCGCUGCAGCACGUCCCCAGCGAGACGUUCCAGGACUACAGCUCCCUGAUGCGGCUAUCCCUCAGCGGCAAUCCCAUCCGGGAGCUGAAGACCUCCGCCUUCCGGCACCUGUCCUUCCUCACGACACUCGAGCUGUCCAACUGCCAGGUGGAGCGGAUCGAGAACGAGGCCUUCGUGGGCAUGGACAACCUGGAGUGGCUGCGGUUGGACGGGAACCGAAUUGGUUUCAUCCAGGGACCGCACAUCCUGCCCAAGUCGCUGCACGGGAUCAGUCUGCACAGCAACCGGUGGACCUGCGACUGCCGCCUGCUGGACAUCCACUCCUGGCUGGUCAACUACAACACCCCGCUGGCGGAGGAGCCGAAGUGCAUGGAGCCGGCGCGACUGAAGGGCCAGGUGAUCAAGGGCCUCCAGCGGGAGCAGCUCGCCUGCCUGCCGGAGGUGAGUCCGCAGUCGAGUUACACGGAGGUGAGCGAGGGGCGCAACAUGUCCAUCACCUGUCUGGUGAGGGCCAUCCCGGAGCCGAAGGUCCUCUGGCUGUUCAACGGCCAGGUGAUGAGCAACGACAGCCUGGUGGACAACCUGCACAUGUACUACUACAUCGACGAGACGAUCGGCGGCAGUGGAGCGGAGGAGAAGCGCAGCGAGAUCUUCAUCUACAACGUGGGCGCUGAGGACAACGGCACCUUCUCCUGCGUGGGCCAGAACAUCGCGGGAACCACCUUCAGCAACUACACUUUAAGGGUGAUCAUCAAGGAGCCGCCGGUGGUCAAUGAGGUCUCCUUCCCGCGCGACUACAUGAACUACAUUGUGGCCAGCAGCGCGGGAGGGGGCAUCAUCUUCGUGGUGCUCCUCUGCACCAUUGUGGUGAAGUGCAAGAAGCAAGCGGAGCCGGCCAAGCAGCGCAAGAAGUGCGACCAGGUGACCAGCAUCGCAGGGGGAACGGAUUCCUCCACGGGAAGCACCCAGGACACAGGAAUGGGAAUGAUGAAGUGUGCCUCCAUUUUGAAUGACGGAGGAGAUAGCUUGAAUGGCAAUGCAGGACUCAUGCUGGGUGACACUCUGACCCCCACCAAGGCGGCGAAUGGAGCAGCUGGCGGGGGCAUCAUCCUGGGCAAUCAGAUGAAGCAGAACCUGCUGCUGUAUGCCACCCCCAAUCCCGCCCAGCAGCAGCUGCAGUUGAAUGUGAAUCUCAUGGGUACGGGACCUGGAUCCCCUCCCCUCCUCCUCAGCAAUGGACAUGGAUUGGCGGCUGCUUACUGCUCCCCCCCUGCUUCGCUACGGAACUACCAGGAGAAGAACCCCGAUUUGGUCAACGAUGCGGAGAGCGUGAAGCACAAGCUAAAGACCGCCGUGAGUUUGGACGGUGCCGGGGAGUACGAGACGCAGAGUGACUGUGGUCAGUACGAAGGUUGCUACCAACUGGCAGCUGCUCCACAUCCGCACCAGGGUCACCAGCAUCCGCAUCCGGGUCACCCGCUGAUGGGUCGCUUCGCCCAGGCGAUGACCACGCUGCCGCGGGGCAUGCAACUGAAGCCGGCGCCCCACCAGGUGGACGUGCACCUCAACCCGGUGUGCUUUUUGGGUCAGGAUGGAUCCUUUGCCUACGACUUCAGCAGCGCUCACUUGGUGCAGCAAUCCCCUCAGCCGCAGCAGCAGCAGCAGCAGGUGCAACAGCAGGUGCAGCCGGCUGCCAACUUCUACCGCACUCUGCCGCACAACCGGCUGCACAAGCAGCAGCAGUUCCAGGCGGCGGCGGCAGCGGGCGGGAAUCCCACACUGCGCUACAGCUUGGAAGCGGAGUUCAUCCAGAGGAAUCCGCCGGUGAGCUACGAGAAGUACCAAAUGCCCAAUGUGCGCUUCACAGCAGAGGGCUAUCCGCAGCAGCAGCAGCAGCAACAGCAGCAACAACAGCAGCAGCAGCAACAGCAGCAACAGUUGCAGCUGCAGCAGCAACAUCAGUUCCCCUCGCCGCCAGAGGGCUACAAAAGCGAACUUGCGAUGAUGCCGGCGCCAUUUCAGCAGUGGCCCAGCUGUUUGCCCGGCUACCGCUUCGCCCAGUCGCCCACCAGCCAGCCAGGGGUGGCAGCCCCACCUGCCGCAGUGGUAGCACCACCCCCGCAGCAGCAGCAGCAACCAGCAACAGCAGCAGCAGCCACCUCCACCAUUCCCGAAUUGGAUGAAAGCGAAGCGAAUUCGCCGCGACUCGAGGAGGCCGCCGGAUCGACAGCGCCACCUGGCGGCGAGGAGGAUAGCCGCGAGGAGAGCGCGAAACUCAAGCAGUUGAACGGUCCUUUGGCCGACAGUCCCGACGAAGGAUACGUGGGCGACGGCCAGGAGACGAGCGACAUUUGACCCGGCCAACCGACGACUGCCAGGGAAGAAGCGGCCUUAGACGAUUCGGUGGCUCUGUAAACUGCCGGCUGAUCAACAAACCACUCAUAGCCUAAGUUCGCUCCUUAUUUGCCUCCUUGUUUUUCCUUUUUCCCGCUUUCCUGUUUCCUCCUUUGGUUUUAGUUACCUUUCCCCUUUUCUGUUUGCCGGCCAGCCCGCAAAAAACCGAGCCAACAAAAGGCGAACCCAAGUUUAACCUAAUAAUUGGCAGGAGAGGGAAAGAGAGAGGGAGAGUGCGAGUGAGAAAAGGAGAAGGCCCAGAAAACCAAAUAAAAGGAGCAGGGAAACAGGAACUCUUUGGCAAGCCGAAGUUCAAAUACCCAAUCAAUUGAUAAGCCAGAUUUUGUUGCAAAAGUUUACUUAGAGCGAAGGCAAAACCAUGAAAGCAAUUUUGUUCAAGAAAAUUAUGAAGUUUCAUAAAGUAUGUAGAAGGUGAAAUAGAACUUAAUAUUUUAGUAAUAUCAUUUAACUUUUUACUUCAACUACCAAGAAAUCCAGUAUUUACUUGCACAAAGUUUCCUAGUUUUUGGCACUCUCUGCCACCACUUUCACCACUCUUCCCCAGGACUUUUUGCGUUCAGGGUAUUUGACCAAACAAUAGGCGGACCUAACCUAAUAAAGCCGAAAAACAAAGACGCCGCUAAACAAAAGCCUCUUGUCGUUGUUUGUUUCUGUUUGCUGCGUGCUUCGAGUGGCAAGCUGGCAGCAUUUUAUUUCCGCUGAUGUAAUUGAAAAACUUUUUCAUUUAAUAUAAAGUUUUCAGCAGCUCUCGCCGCCCAAAGGCAGAAAAGAAAAAGGCAAGAAAGCGGGAAAAGAGGAGCAGGAAUUUCAGGGCCUCCUAGACGAGAGGACAUGUGGGGUUUCCUGUGUGUGCUUGUGUGUGUGUGUUCCGAUUGAGAUGUCGGGUUCUCGGAGGCGUUGUUAGUUGACAAUCGACGGGGAAGUCCCACUCACCCAGUCACCAGGUUGCAGGCUGGGUCCCCCGUUUGGAUCCACUUCUCUGGGUUCCACUUGAGAGGCAAGUGGCAUGUGUUUUCGCCAUGGCGACACCUGCUCUCCGUGACACAAAGGACUCCGGCUGAAGGACCCCGGCUGUUGAACCUCUCCGAGUCAAGAGUGCCGGCCGAAAAUCGCGAGUGGCAUUAAGGGCUUCCCCUUUGUAGUGUGCUCUAGUUUAUGAAAUUUUAAUUCGGGCCACAUCCGCGCCCGAGCUGCAUUUAAAUAAUUUAUCGCAUUCAGAAGCUCAGCGGGUCCUAAGCAAACCUCUCGACUUUCAUCCUUGCCCUUCACCUUUUAACCCCUCCAAUCCCGACUUCGAAUCCCCGCCUUAAGUUUGUUGUAGAGUCGAACACAAGUGUUUCCGGGUAACAUUAAAGUAGAUAUCGUAAAUUAGAGCGGCUAGCAUCGUAAGAACUAACUAAUAUAGGAUAACCCCAACCGUUUGAGACUUGUAUGUAAAUGUAGCCAUAGAGAUCGUUUAAGCAGAGCCCAGGCUUUCUCUUUUACCGUAACUGUUGUGUAAAGUGUUCGAGACUUUCCCCACUGUAACAUAAAUCGAAAAGAAAUCGAGAGGAGAGGGCGAUUGUGAAAUGCUUGCAAAGUAUUUGAAGGAGUUUAAGCAACAGGAAACCACAAUUAGCAAUGGCAAAAUGCAUAUGAGAGCGAGGGCAGAAGCAAUCAUUUAAGCACAAUAUGGAAUAUUGUAAAUUGCAUAAAUAAAUCAUUAGACGUAAGAGCCAGGCAAACACUAACACCUGCAGAACACACUCACUCUAACACUCACAAUCACAAUCACACUCACAAUCACCAACACCACCACACUCGUACUUCGUACUCGGCAUGAUUUGUGUAUGUAGCGAAUGAUUAUGUUUUAUGUUCACCAAGUGAGUUAGUUGGCAAGAUGCACCUAAAGGAAAAUAUAGCAGCAGAAACUAAAUUAACGAAGCAAAAAUACCACAAACAAAAAACAUUUUAGCCUAGCAAACUGUUUGAAUCUCAGCCCGAACACACGAACACUCGAAGGUAUAUUAAACAAAAGAAGAAUUGCCUGCAGGCAGAAUAAUUUUAAAUAUUAUAUGGCAUACACUACGAUAUAAAGAGAAUGUUAGCAUUAAGUUAAUGGCUAGGCGAAGCAGAACAUAUACGCAUAAACCGAAUAAAGGCCCAUAAACGGUCGCGAAACAUUUAAAGGAUAACGGCCAGAGGACACACAAUCUAGUUAUAAUUAAUUUUCUAAGUUAAAUUAAAUUAAAUGCAUAAAGAUAAUAACAGAAGCAAGUGUAAAAAGGAUAAGAGAGAAAUUAAACCGAAUAAAACGCAUUAAACUGAAGAAUUUAAUAAAAACUAAA